CCAACCUCUCCGCCCGGCCUCCCACCUCUCCUUCUCCAGGCACCUCAUGCAUAAAUCACGGGGCGGGGGGGAGGCAGGCUUGGUUCCCCCUGCGCCGGGAAGCUGCUGACCCCUCCCUCGCUCACACAGGGUUUUGCAGCAGUGGUGGCAGCCGCCACUGAUUCGGGCACUGGGGAGGCAAUUGAUUCGUCUACCGCUAGCAGCCCGGAGUUGCCUACGCGGACGCGGACGACAGAGAGAAAGAGAGAGAGAGAGAGAGAGAGAGAGAGAGGGAGGGAGGGAGAGGCUCACAGAGCGAAAACCUUCUUCCAUGUGGAAGGCAGUCUGAGGAAGCCACUGUCUUUGCCUUGUCCACCGACGGGUUUCAGUUUUCUCCUCUUCUAGCAGUGGCACCUCCACCGAGCUUUCAAACCAAGUCAUUGGGAGUUAGCAUCUUCCUACCCAGCAGGGAAGGGAGGAGUUGGCAAGAAUUCAGCUCGCCCAUUCCACCUGAAAUCCGCUGGUGUUGUGGAACGCCUGACUUCUGCCAUGACGGACACCGUGUUGAGCAGCAGCUCAAGCCGCUGGAUGUGUCCCAGUGACCGACCUCUUCAAUCAAAUGAUAAAGAACAGCUCCAGACAGGCUGGUCCGUCCACCCCAGCGGCCAGCCCGACAGACAGAGGAAGCAGGAAGAGCUGACAGAUGAGGAGAAGGAGAUCAUCAACAGGGUGAUCGCUCGCGCCGAGAAGAUGGAAGAGAUGGAGCAGGAGCGGAUCGGGCGCCUGGUGGACCGUCUGGAGAACAUGAGGAAGAAUGUGGCUGGGGACGGGGUGGACCGCUGCAUACUGUGUGGAGAACAGCUGGGGAUGCUGGGCUCUGCCUGCGUAGUGUGUGAGGACUGCAAGAAGAAUGUCUGCACCAAGUGUGGGGUGGAGACCUCCAACAACCGCCCGCAUUCCGUGUGGCUCUGCAAAAUCUGCAUCGAGCAGAGAGAGGUGUGGAAGCGUUCUGGGGCGUGGUUCUUCAAGGGCUUCCCCAAACAGGUCCUCCCACAGCCUAUGCCUAUAAAGAAGACCAAGCCCCAGCAGCCGGUCAGCGAGCCCGCCGCUCCCGAGCAGCCUGUCCCCGAGCCCAAGCACACCGCCCGCGCUCCAACGCGAGGUGACACUGAAGACAGGAAGGGCCCAGGCCAGAAGACAGGCCCCGACCUGGCCUCGGCUCCUGGGCGAGGAAGCUAUGGGCCUCCCGUGCGCAGGGCCUCCGAGGCGCGAAUGAGCUCUUCUAGCCGCGACUCAGAGAGCUGGGACCAGGGCCAUGGCGGGGCUGCCGGUGACUCCAGCCGGAGCCCAGCAGGUUUGAGACGGGCCAACUCAGUCCAGGCCUCCAGACCUGCCCCCGCCUCGACGCAGAGCCCAGUGCCCCCUCAGCCUGGGCAGCCAGGGCCCCCAGGAGGCAGCAGACCCAGCCCUGGGCCAGCAGGACGUCUUCCCGACCAGAGACCAGAGGUGGCUCCGAGCGACCCCGGCUAUCCCGGGGCCCCUGCCCCACCCCGGGAGGAGAGGACGGCGGCAGCUGGCGGCUACCCUGCAGUUGCAACCAGGGAGGACCGGACAGGCCACCCACCGGGCACCUAUUCCCAAGCAUCUGCCGCUGUCGUCCAGCCCACCGCAUCCCCUGCCCGCCAGCCCCCAGCCCCGGAGGAGGAGGAGGAAGAAGCCGACAGCUACGAUUCGGAUGAAGCAACCACCCUGGGUGCCCUGGAGUUCAGCCUUCUCUAUGACCAGGACAACAGCUCCCUGCACUGCACCAUCAUAAAGGCCAAGGGACUGAAGCCUAUGGAUUCCAACGGCUUGGCCGAUCCCUAUGUCAAGCUGCACCUCCUCCCGGGAGCCAGCAAGUCCAACAAGCUUCGUACGAAAACCCUGCGGAACACCCGGAACCCCGUCUGGAAUGAGACUCUCGUCUAUCAUGGCAUCACGGACGAGGACAUGCAGAGGAAGACCCUUAGGAUCUCUGUUUGUGAUGAGGACAAAUUUGGCCAUAAUGAGUUUAUUGGUGAGACCAGAUUCUCACUCAAGAAACUGAAGCCCAACCAGAGGAAGAAUUUCAACAUCUGUCUGGAGCGAGUGAUCCCGAUGAAGCGUGCCGGGACCACCGGGGCAGCCCGAGGAAUGGCCCUUUAUGAGGAGGAGCAGGUGGAGCGUAUUGGUGACAUAGAGGAACGCGGCAAGAUCCUGGUGUCCCUUAUGUACAGCACACAGCAGGGAGGCCUCAUCGUGGGCAUCAUACGCUGUGUGCACCUGGCUGCCAUGGACGCCAAUGGCUACUCAGAUCCAUUCGUCAAGCUCUGGCUGAAACCAGACAUGGGAAAGAAGGCCAAACACAAGACUCAAAUUAAGAAGAAAACCUUGAAUCCUGAAUUUAACGAGGAGUUUUUCUAUGACAUCAAACAUAGCGACCUGGCGAAGAAGUCACUGGACAUCUCGGUCUGGGACUAUGACAUCGGCAAGUCCAACGAUUACAUCGGGGGCUGCCAGCUGGGGAUCUCAGCGAAGGGAGAGCGCUUAAAACACUGGUACGAGUGUCUGAAAAACAAGGACAAGAAGAUCGAGCGCUGGCACCAGCUGCAGAACGAGAACCACGUGUCGAGCGAUUAGGAUGGCGCCCAGGUCCCCAGGUCCCCGCCCCAUGCCCAGGUCACCCCCCAGCCUACCCCAGCCGCCCGUGUACUCCGGUCUCUCUGCCCUACUCCUCCCCUCCCCCAUCCACCCCUGAGCCUGCCUGUGAGGUCUCCC